AUGGUUGCCAUGUCAGCCUUCUUAAUGAGGACCCUUGACCUUAAUACAGCAACUUUGCAAAAGGAGGACGACUCCAAACAUGACCUGUCCCUUUACAAGCGUGGUGAUUUAUUAGAAGUCCCCAGGACAUUGUUCACACAUUUUGGUAUCUACUUGGGAGACAAUCGUGUGGCUCAUCUCAUCCCGGACAUUCUUCCUGUGAUUACUAAGAAUAAAUCUGCAAUUGCCAAGAUGGUAACAAAUAACCGCCUGCUGCUGGGGGUUAUCACUAAGGUUGCCAGCGUCAGAGUGGACUCUGUGGAAGAUUUUGCGUAUGGCUCAGAGAUUCUGAUCAACCACAUGGACAAGGUGUGCAGCCAGCCUCCUUUGGACGGGGACGAGGUGGCCAGACGGGCUGAGAAACUCCUGGGCUCUGUCACCUACAGCUUACUGUGGUACAACUGUGAACACUAUGUCAUGUACUGCAGAUAUGGAAUGGCCAUCAGCUACCAGACGUACAAGUUCUGCACAACUGUACGGAAGAUUGUUUGCAGCAGGAUGAGUGCCUAUUUGACUGCACUGUGUGGUAUAGGAACCAUGCUGUAUCUGGGCUGUGUGACAUCACUGACAGUUUUACUGACCGUGCUCAUCUCAUUCACCAUCUGGAUGGCAGCCUAA